GCUUCCAGAUCCGACACAGUCAGUUUACUUCAUUUAUUUGCUAAUUUUCUGCUCUAAAAACUGUCACAAUGUCAUGUGGAGGGCUUGGUCCGUUAAAUCCUGCAGACGAAGCAGUUCAGAAGAUCUGUCAAAACAUGAAGCCCCACGCAGAGAAAAAAGCAGGAAAGUCCUAUGAUGUCUUCAGGGCCAAGAGUUACAGGUCACAGUUGGUGGCUGGGACCAACUACUUCAUAAAGGUGCAUGUGGGAGGACACGAUCAUGUUCACCUCCAUGUCUGUGAAAAACUCUCAUGUUACGGAGGAGACCUGGAGCUGACUGAUAUGCAGCAAUCCAAGAGCCACCACGACCCUAUUGAAUACUUCUGAUCGGAUCACAAACCAAGCAAAGAGCCUCAUUAUAAACAAUUAUUAUCAAAAUGCUCUACUUCUUUUAUCUUGGUUCAUUAAAUAAGAACAAUGUUACAUGCAGUUCUCCUAUCAUGAUGAUAGGAAUAUGUCAAGGAGGAACAAUUUUGUACAAGAUGAAUUCAUAAAUGAAUCAGAUUUGCUGUGA